UCGUGUUUUCGGACACUGCGUCCUGAGACUUAGGGUUGGGAAUAGUUCUAGCGUGUGGUUGCAGAGCUUGCUGGCCGCAGAUUAGCUUGGGCCUAGUGCACGGGCACUCACUCGUUCGUGCAGCUACCUCACUGUCUCCCACGGCACCUCCCGGCUGCUUUGGGGUCCUAAGCGCCAAGUGUCCCGGAGGUCGGGAGAGGGCCAUGGAGGUGCCGCCGCCGGCGCCACGGAGCUUUCUCUACAGGGCCUUCUGUCCUUUCCCCCGAGUGUUUGCUGCCGAAAUUGUGGCUGCUGACUCGGAGGCCCUUGCGAAGGAUCGGACGCUGCCUUCCUACGUCCCAGAACCCUAUUAUCCGGAGUCCGGAUGGGACCGCCUCCGAGAGCUGUUUGUCAAAGAUAAACAGCAGAGAACUUCAAAGGAACUUCAGGAUAUCUAUAAGGCGGCAGUUUCAGCAGGCGUCAUUGGCUGGGCAUAUGGGGGAAUACCAGCUUUUAUUCAUGCUAAACAACGCUACAUUGAGCAAAGCCAAGCAGAGAUUUAUCAUAACCGGUUUGAUGCUGUGCAAUGUGCGCACCGUGCUGCCACACGAGGUUUCAUUCGGUAUGGCUGGCGCUGGGGUUGGAGAACUGCAGUGUUUGUGACUAUAUUCAACACAGUGAACACUAGUAUAAGUGUGUACCGAAAUAAAAAUGCCCUAAGCCAUUUUGUCAUUGCAGGAGCUGUUACAGGAAGUCUUUUCAGAAUAAACUUAGGCCUCCGUGGCCUGGUGGCAGGUGGUAUAAUUGGAGCCUUGCUGGGCACUCCUGUGGGAAGCCUCUUGAUGGCACUUCAAAAGUACUGUGGUGAGACUGUCCAGGAGAGAAAACAGAAAGAUCGAAAGGCGCUCCAUGAUCUGAAACUGGAAGAGUGGAAAGCCAGACUACAAGUUACUGAGCUCCUCCCUGGGGAAAUUGAAAGUAGCAUACAAAAAAAUCAAUCUGAAGAGGAUGCUAAGAAAAUUGAAGAACUGCUAAACCUUCCUAGAAACCCUUCAACAACAGAUAGACAAGAGAAGGACUGAAAAUGCUCUGGACUUGAAACUCAGCUGGAGAGUUGAAGGGAGCUGUGUUGCUAGGCCCAUUGCAUGCCGACAGUCAGGCCACUCUUUGGUCAGCCUGCUGACAAAUGUAAGUGCUGGCACCUGUGGUGGCAAUGACUUGCUCUUAUCUUUUUUUAACCACGACUGGAGCUAUUAUACUCUCACUUUAUUUAUCCUUAAAUUUAAAUACAAACUUAAAUGAUCUAUCAUUCAAUCUAUACACAUAGAUUUCUUUUCCCUGGAUUUUGACAGUAAAUAAAACAUUU